AUGCGGACCAACUUCACCGACGCACAAGACAAACAAAUUGUAGCGCUUGCACUCGAGUAUGAAUCCCAACACAAGCGAGUAGAAUGGAAGGAGGUGUCGCGGGCCAUGAGAACUGGAAAGACGGAUGAGAGCGCAGGUGAGAUGCUGCCUGCCGCUAUAUCAAUCGUGAUUCAAAUGAUUGGAGCUGUGCAUCAAGACGACGUAUUUCUUGACAUUGGUGCUGGCCUGGGGAAUGUUGCAGCGCAGUUUGCGAUUCAGACGAUUGCACGCCAAUGCUUGAAAAUCAAGAAACGACCGGAGAUUUUCUUCGAGGUCCAAGGAGACGCUCUUGAUACGCCACUUUCGUCGCGUUUACCAUUUCAGCGUGCAUCAAUAGUUUUUCUAAACGAUUUCCUAGUACGUUUGAUCGUUUCUACGUCUCGCUAUUGUCCUCGCCAUUGCGAUUCCUGCCGAAGAAGAUUCUGCUCUAAGUGGAGGCUCGCAAAAACCACGUAUAGACGGGGUAGCUGGAAGUCUCCUCCAAUCCCAAUCUACAUGUAUACGACAGUCCAGUGA